GUUUUGUAUAAUUCUAUUAUGAACUAUGAAAGAUUGAGGAAAAUUGCCAUGCAAUUAACAGCAUAUUCAGGGAAAAUAAAGUAUAUAGGUAAGAAGCUUAUUAUUUAUUUUGGAUGUGUUUUCUUACUUGUUAAUGUAUUAGAAUGGAAAUUGCUUUAUCUUCCAAGUAUUGAUGGAUAAUUUGCUCGGAACAAUAAUUAUUUAUUUAGAUCCCCUUAAGAUAGGUAUUAUUGAUUAAUAAUUAAUUCUUUUAGGAAUCUACCUUUUGAGAAUAUAGAAAUUGAUCAUGAUGGUGUAAAAUUAAAAGGUUGGUUCAUUAAAUAAUAAAAUUAUCAAUCAGUUCCUACAGUUGUAUUUUUUCAUGAAAAUGCUGGCAGUAAAAUAAUUGAUUAUUUAUUAGAUAUUGGAUGGAGAUUGGAAUAUGCUCAAUAAUAUUAUGAUCGAGUUAAAUGCAAUUUCGUUAUUGUUGCUUAUAGGGGUUAUACUGAGAGUACUGGUACUCCACAUUAAAGAGGUAUUUAAAAAGAUGCAGAAGCUAUUACUAACUAUGUUUUCAACAAUUUAAAUAUUGAUAAAUAAAAUGUUUAUGCACAUGGAAGAAGUCUUGGAGGUGCUGUAGCUACAUAUGCUUUUUAUCAAAGAUAAAAUUAAACAAAAGAUUAAUAAUAUAAAGGUUUGAUUAUUGAAAAUUCAUUUACAAAAGUAACUGAUGUUGUUGGAAGUAUGAACUUUUUAUUUAGAAUAAUAAGUCCUUUAAUUGUUUUUAAUACAUGGAAAACAAUUAAUAUAAUACCAAAAAUUACUAAACCGAUAAUGUUUAUUUCAUGUAUAAUAUAAUUUAUAUAUAUUCUAGCUGGUAGAGAUGAAGUUAUUCCUUAUAAAUAAAUGAUGACUCUCUCCUAAGCUGCUAUGAAAUCAAUAUAAAAAAUUGAUUAUCAUAUUCCUUAAGGAGAUCAUAAUAGCAACUGGGUUUUAAAUAAGAAUGAAUAUUUUCAGACAAUUUUGAAUUUUAUGAAUAAAACAGCUUAACUGUGAAUUAUAUUUCAUAAUAAUAAUAUUUUAU